AUGAUGCAAGUGAAAGAAUUUCUAACUAUUCCUGAAGAAGAUGUAAUAUAUGAAUUUCUUAAUAUUUCAGAAUUCGAAGAUAUGUUUAAAAGUGGGACUACAGAUCAUCCAGAUGAAGUAGAUGAUAUUUCUGAAAUGGAAAUCAUUCAUAUCAAUGAAGCAUUACGAAGCUUGAAAACUGUAAAUUUGUUUUUACUUCAACAAGAAAAUGCAGGUGAACAGAUAAAAUUAGUGGGUAAAAUUGAGAAAUUUAUUAGAAAAAGGAAAUUCAAUUCAAUGCAGCAGACUACUAUAGAUCAAUAUUUCGUAUAA